AUGUGCUUCAUCGGAGGAAACGGGGCAUCUGCAAGCGGGAUUUUGUGGAGGAUGCUGCGGCAAGUGAUCCACAGAGGGCUCAAGGCUUCGUUCUACUGGCUGGGCUUAUUCGUUAGCAGGCACCCCGUGUUCUUCCUCACCGUCCCCGCGGUCCUCACCAUCAUUUUCGGAUCUACCGUGCUCAGCCGAUUCAAGCCGGAGACGGACCUGGAGGUGCUGGUCGCCCCGACGCACAGCCUCGCCAAGAUCGAGCGCAGUCUCGCCAACAGCCUGUUCCCGAUCGACCAGUCGAAGCACAAGCUGUACUCGGAUUUGCACACCCCGGGCAGAUAUGGCAGGCUGAUCCUGCUCGCCAAGUCCGGGGGAAACAUCCUGGAGCUGGCCGACCAGGUCCUGCAGGUCCACAAGCAGGUGCUGGAUUUACGGGAUGGCCGCGUGUCCUUCAUCGGCCACCAGUUGGGCGGCGUGUCCUAUUCGGCAAACAGCCGGGACCAGCAGGUCAAGUUCGCCCGUGCAGUUCAAAUCACCUACUACCUCCGCAACCACGGACCUGUGGUGCAGGAUGCCAUUGCCGAGCGCUGGGAGAACGAGUUUGGUGCCUUGGUCAACCGGCUGUCCACGGCCGAGGCUCCCCACGCCUCCGACCAACUCCACAUCCAGUCGCUCACCUCCUUCAGCCUGUGGCGGGACUUCCACCAGACGGGCGUGCUGGCAAAGGGGGAGGUGCUGGUCAGCCUGGUGUUGGUACUCCUGGCCGCCACCAUCUCCAGCUCCAUGAGGGACUGCCUGAGGGGGAAGCCGUUCCUGGGCCUCCUCGGCGUAAUGACCAUAUGCAUCGCCAACGUGACGGCCGCAGGGAUCUUCUUUAUAUCAGACGGGAAGUUCAACUCUACGCUGCUGGGGAUCCCGUUCUUUGCCAUGGGCCAUGGGACCAAAGGAGUGUUCGAGCUGCUAGCCGGCUGGAGGAGAACGAGGGAAACCCUCCCCUUCAAGGAACGUGUGGCGGACGCUUUUGCUGAUGUGAUGGUGUGCUACACCAUGACAAGCUCACUCUACAUCAUCACCUUUGGCAUGGGAGCUAGCCCUUUUACCAACAUCGAGUCCGUGAAAAUUUUCUGUCAGAGCAUGUGCGUAGCCAUACUGGUCAACUACUUCUACGUCUUCUCGUUCUAUGGCUCCUGCCUGGUGUUUGCUGGACAGCUGGAGCAGAACCGCUACCACAGUGUUUUCUGUUGUAAAAUCCCCUCCGUGGAGUAUCUGGACCGCCAGCCCACAUGGUUUAAAACUAUGAUGAGUGACGGCCAUGACCUGUCCACGCACCACGACAGUGUACCCUACCAGAAUCACUUCAUCCAGCACUUCCUGCGAGAGCACUUCACAGAGUGGAUAACCAAUACUUAUGUGAAACCCUUUGUGGUCAUUCUCUAUCUCAUCUACGCCUCUUUCUCAUUCAUGGGAUGUUUACAAAUUAGUGAUGGAUCAAAUAUUGUUAACCUGCUGGCAAGUAACUCUCCAAGUGUCUCGUAUGCUCUAACCCAGCAGAAAUACUUUAGCAACUACAGCCCUGUGAUCGGGUUUUAUAUUUAUGAGCCCAUUGAGUACUGGAACUCCACGGUGCAGGAGCACCUGAAGACUCUUAGUCAUGGCUUCAACAAGAUCUCCUGGAUGGACAACUUUUUCCACUACCUGCGGGUGGUGAAUGUGAGUGCGUCAACUAAGAGCGACUUCAUCACCAUCCUUAAAGGCUCCUUCCUGCGCAGCCCGGAGUACCAGCACUUCACCGAGGAUAUCAUUUUCUCAAGGAAUCGUGAGACUGACGAGUAUGAUAUAAUCGCCUCACGGAUGUACCUGGUGGCGCGGACAACUGAGAAGAAGCGUGAGGAAGUGGUGGAGCUCCUGGAAAAGCUCCGUCCAUUGAUGCUUAUCAACAGCAUCAAGUUCAUUGCCUUCAAUCCAACAUUUGUGUUCAUGGACCGCUACAGCUCUUCUGUCAUCUCCCCCAUCCUGACCUCAGGCUUCAGUGUGCUCACCAUCCUCAUCCUCACUUUCUUCCUGGUCAUCAACCCCUUAGGGAACUUCUGGCUCAUCCUCACAGUAACGUCUGUGGAACUGGGUGUCUUGGGUUUGAUGACCCUUUGGAACGUUGGCAUGGACAGCAUCUCAAUCCUGUGCCUUAUUUUUACCCUCAACUUCGCCAUGGAUCACUGUGUACCACACCUGUACACUUUUGUGCUGGCCAGCGAGCACACCAGGACACAGUGCAUCAAGUUGGCACUGGAGGAGCACGGGGCUGCCAUCCUGCAGAACACAUCCUGCUUCGUGAUCGGGAUCAUGCCCCUGGUGUUUGUGCCUUCCAAUCUGACCUACACACUGUUCAAGUGCUCCCUCCUCACUGCAGGCUGCACUGUGCUGCACUGCUUCGUCAUCCUGCCGGUCUUCUUGACCUUCUUCCCACCAUCCAAAAAGAGACACAAGAAAAAGAAACGGGCCAAGCGGAAAGAGCGGGAGAGGGAGAGAGAGCGGGAAAGGGAGAGGGAAAGAGAAAGGGAGGAGAUAGAGUGCAUUGAAGUCAGGGAGAAUCCUGAUCAUGUGACAAACGUCUGA